AUGGCUUUCACAGAUCCAGAUAAGCCAGUUGCCCUAACACAUCCAGCACCUGCCACACCGAUUCCAACAACGACAUGGCACACUUACUUUGCCUAUGGUGUAGGCCAAACAGAGUACGAUACCAUUGUAUCGCAGCGAAACCCGUGUAUCCGAACACUUCGACAGGAAAGGAGCAUCAAGAGCAAGUGGUUUAUAAAACCUCCCGCCGCUCAAGGCAUGCCGCAAUUGGGUGCCAAUGUCGAAUCCACGCAAAGCCCAAAAUUUCCAUAUCCUGAAGCUUUCAAGCAAGUCAUGUCUCCAACGAACUCCGUUCCGCGACGUGACGAAGAGCAUGGAAAUACGGGCAGUAAUUCGGCUGAGCAUCAGAGCCCAAGACCAUCCCAAGCAGUAUUGAUCGAUCGGAGAUCAGAGAGGAUUGAGGAGAGGGGUUUCUCAACACCGGUUUUCGGUGUGUCGCAUACUACAGCUAUUGAGUUUGAGGAACGAAUCCAGCCGACAUAUGUUGUCCUGGGCAUAUUUCCUCGCGGUGCUCUCAACCCUAAGGAACAAAUUGUGUUCAUCGAUAGGCCCGACCAAUUUUUCUCAAAGCUCAGGUGGGCGACAUUUCGGCUUCGUGGGAUGAGAGGAACAUUAUUAUCUUUGAAGCAUCUCGCGGCGUUUAGACUGUACAAGUGCGAUGCUAAUACCGGAAAACACGACCACAUCAAUCUAGAUGCUAAUGGAAUUGCUGAUUUGUAUCUUCUGUUGAGUACCUACAAAAGCUGGCAUGUUCCUCAGCAUAUCUCUCGAGCCUGGGCAGAUUGGACUCAUCGCACGCUGAAUGACGAGCGACUCGACGUGCUAGAAGGUGAAUACGCCCUUGAGCUGGUUCUAGACUGGUCAAUCACACGCAUCACAAUCGUGGUCUUAGUGCCAGUUCUUCUGAGCUUGGCCAUUGGGAUAUGGCUCAACGCAAAGGAUUGGACAGAUCUUGCGACGAUACAGACAGCUUGGGGUACUGCUUCAUAUAUCGUGACAGCCGGGGCAUUGCUUGCAGCGAUGUUGGGGUUCUUGGACAUUGCGGAUAAAUAG